UUUCCGGCUGUUUUGGAUUUCAGGCAGCUGCCGGAGCCCAAGAAAGGUGGAGACUCCCGAUGAACUUCCUGCACGGCAAUCUGACUUGAAGACUGAACGGAGGAGGCUGCCGCGGAUGCUGCUGGCUCUAAUGGAUACUCGGUUUCUUUCCCGACCGUGAAUCAAUUAAAAAAAUAGCACUUUGUGACUGUCCCCCCACCCCACCCCCUUCUUCUCCCACACACCUGACUGCUAGCGGCGAAGAUUCCCGACGUUUGAUCGUGCGGCGCAGCGCAAGGGAGGAAUGGAGGUGUUGGUGGAGUUCGAGUAUGAGGCGCUUCACGAUGACGAGCUGACCCUGCGGCCGGGGGACAUCAUCAAGAACGUGCGCUACAUAGAGGAAGAUGGCUGGAUGGAAGGGGACCUGCACGGGAAGAGGGGAGUCUUUCCGGACAACUUUGUUAAGGAAAUAAAGGACCGCAAAGAAGUCAAGGAGACCAAACAUGAGCCGAAAGAAGAAGCCUCCGUGCCUCAGAAGAGAGAGAAGAGCGCAGGAACCGUUGCCAACUUGGUCCAGAGGAUGAGCGUUAUCGGCUUCCCCACCGGUGGCUUCCAACCUCCGACACCAGUAAAGAAGCCCAAGAAGCGACUGUGCAAAGUGCAGUUCGAUUAUCAUCCGCAGAAUGAAGACGAGCUGGAGCUCAAGGCAGGAGACAUCAUCGAAAUCACAGAGGAGGUGGAGGAAGGCUGGUGGAGCGGCAACCUGAACGGCAAAUCUGGACUGUUCCCGUCCAACUUUGUGAAAGAAAUCGAGGCAGCUGGAGAGGAAGUGGAGUCCAGCGACGCCAACACAGAUGAAGCCGAUGGAAGUGGAACAGAAGGAGCCACCACCCCCACCUCGCCUCAGUCCGCUUCCGGCAGCGGAGCCAUUGCCCAGCCCAAGAAGGUCCAAAAAUUCGGCUACGGAGACAUUUUCAAAGAGUCGUCCUUCAAGCUAAAGCCAGUGCCAUCAUUACCAUCCUCUGCAAAGCCCACCCUGCCCAGCACCACCGAGCCCCAGAGGGUGGAGGGAGACGGCAAACCCAAAGACGUCAGUGUUCCGGCUCCAGCAGUAAAGGAGUACUGUAAAGUUACAUUUGCCUUCGAGGGAAACCAUGAGGAUGAAUUGUGCCUGAAAGAGGGAGACAUCGUCCAGAUACUGAGCAAGGACACGGGGGAGGUGGGCUGGUGGCGAGGCGAGAUCGGAGGAGAGCGAGGAGUCUUCCCCGAUAACUUUGUGGUUGUCAUUUCUGAGGCGGAAAGAGAGAGUUUGAUGUCGCGAGGAUCCAUAAAGUCGUCACCAAAGCCGGAGUUGGACCCGAAACGGAAGAAACCACCUCCACCCACAAAAACCGCAGCUCCAAGGCCAGAGAUCCCCUUCACUGACAGGAAGCCUCAUCUAAAGCCUGAGGAGAGAGUGGAAAGGCCUUCUCCAGAUCCCAAACCCCACAAGCCGGCGCCCGUGGUCCCUCCCAAAAAGCCCAUCCCACCAGGAAAAAGCAAACCUGGAAGUUUCCCUCCAAAGAGACCCGAGAAGACUUUUGUCUCCUCCCCAAGCUUCAGAGAAAAUGGAGAGGUGUCCUCGUCACGACCCAAACCAGAAGUGGAGCCGGUGGCUCCCUGCAAACCCAAACCUCUGAACGUGAGCGUGGAGGACAAGCCCCCUGAAGGGGGUAAAGACAGGCUUCAACCAGCUCCCCAAACCCAGCUCCCACCUGCAUCAGACCUGAUGAGUUUUGACGACUUGUCGUCUGCGCCGGAGAAGCUCUCUCACCCCACGGCGAACAGACCGAAGAUGCCCGGCAGGAGGCCGCCCACCCAGUUUGUGGCGGAGAAAUCGCCUACGAAGGAAACGGUCGGGGAGAAGUUUUUCAAGUCUGAGGACGAGGAAGCAGCAAAGCCAAAGCUAACGGAAACCAGGAAGCCUUCCAUCAACAGCCAGUCGCCGCAGCUCAGCAAGCCCGCCGAGGCCAAAGCGGCCCCCGCGGCGUCCCCCAGCGUGGACGCCAUUGCCCCGCAGGGCGGCAAAGCCCGGCUGGAGCCCGAGGAGCCAAACGCUCAGCUGGAAGACCUCAGGGGCCAAAUCAAAGACCUGCUGCUGUCUGUGGAGCUGCUCAAAGUCCAGCAAACGAAGGAGAUCUCGGAGCUCCGAGUGGAGCUGGACGAGGAGCGGCUAAAGCGCCUCACCCUGCAGAUGGAGAUAGAGAAGCUAAAGAAAGUCGUCUACUCGACGUGAACCCAGCCGGCUCCCAGCUCAGCUGCUGUUCUCUCCACCAAUCAGAGAGCAGAAGGAGAGCCCCGCCCCGCCCUCUCCAGCACCAACUCUUUAACAAGACAAAAACUCCUCCCACAUUUGUAAGAUUUUCCAUUUGCACACUCGAGUCGGAGGAGUCCUUUUCGGUUCCAGAUGUUUGUAACUUUUGCCAACGGAAAGACUCAGAGGCCUUAUUUCCAAACUGCUGUGCUGGAAAACUCUCUCAGUACUACUGACUUGACGUAAAGCAGGGGGCGCUCUUUCCUCUUUGUCUUUGUUUCUCCUUUUGUUCGUGAUGCACAAAUGUUUGAUUUUAAAAGCUGUUGGUUUGGGAUGAGAGGGUUUCCUGCCUGCACAGCGCCGCAGCGCUUCACUCUUUUAUAUGUUUUCUAACAUUCCUAUCCAGGGUUACACUACUGUGCCUGUUCCACUCAAUGUUUUCUAAUGGGAUGUUGAAUAUUUGCAGCAUGGUAUAUAUAAAUAUAUAUAUAAAUAUAUGACAAAUAUCUAUAUUUUUAAUCUACAGACAUGAAUAGUCAAAUGCUAUAUAGAGAGCAUUUUUCUAUCCUAUUUUUGUCACUGGGAAUGCUGUCGGAGGUUAAAGCAGAGUUCUCCUUUUCCAGCCUUUUUCUUUUUUUCUCAUUUCUAUCUGGCACUUUAGCUCUAAUUCAAAUCAACUUUUUUAUUUUAUUUUCUCUGCUCCACAUUUCGAAGCAUCUUCCUGGUGAUGGAUGGAUGUGCUAACACCUGAUUCUUGUUUUAGUUUUUUUUAUUUCAUGUACGAAUUGUCAGGAGAAGUGAGGAUUCUCCAGAUGCAGUGACUGAAUCCCACAUCCAUUCAGCUCAAAUUCCAACUGCGAUGGCAAUCUCCACCGUUUCUCCCAGAUCUGUGCUCCAAACUGGAGAACCUCCACUUCCAUAUUCCUCAGGCGUACAUUUCCACGUCUUUUUUUUUUUAUGUAUCUCACAAAUGUCUUAAGAGUUUCUCUGUUUUUUAAGCUUUUGGGAACAAAGCUCCCGCUCUUCAUGAGUAUCUGCUAUGAAGCUUUGACCAGCUGAACAUUCCCGAGUUUAAACAAGUUCUUUGCUGUAUUCGGUUCUUAUUUCCAGUGACUUUUGUUUACAACGGCUGUAUUCAUCGCAAGAAUGAAUAAAUAUCAUCUCUGUUUA